AGCAGGGCCGCGCCCCGCCCCGCCCCGGCCGGGCCCUCGCGCCGCCGGGGGGCGGUUGGCGGCCGUUGGGCUCUCCCCGCGCCCCGGGCCCGCUGCGAGUCACGCGCGGCUCCCGCUCGCGGUGACGUCACCGCCCGCUCCCCGCCUCGCCGCCUCAGUCGGCGCUGGCAGCCCGCGGGCGGCGGUGCGGGCCGGAGCUGCGAGCCACGGGCUGCGGCUGGCGGCAGCGCCGGCGUCGCGCGCCGGAGGGCCGCUGGGCGCCGCCGGGCGCCGCCUCUUCUUCCGCUGCCCGCCGUGCUGCCCGGCGGCGCUGCCCCAUGUUCGCGCCGGAGAAGCCGUCGGGGCAGCACAAGCUGGACCGGAGUGGCGGGUGUGGGAACAUGGCGUCCGUGGGGGAUUUUAACGUGCUCAGCUCCAGCAUUCCGGCCACCAAGGUGGAGCUCUCCGUGUCCUGCAGAAAUCUUUUGGACAGAGACACAUUUUCAAAAUCUGAUCCAAUCUGUGUUUUGUACACACAAGCCAUUGGAAACAAAGAAUGGAGAGAGUUCGGAAGAACGGAAGUAAUUGAUAAUACUUUAAAUCCAGAUUUUGUGAGAAAAUUUAUAAUGGACUACUUCUUUGAAGAAAGAGAGAAUCUGCGAUUUGAUUUCUAUGAUGUUGAUUCGAAGAGUCCUAACCUAUCAAAACAUGAUUUUUUGGGACAGAUGUUUUGUACUCUGGGAGAGAUAGUUGGAUCACAGGGAAGCAGACUGGAAAAAUCAAUUGUAGGAAUUCCUGGGAAGAAAUGUGGAACAGUUAUAGUAACAGCAGAGGAACUGAGCUGUUGCCGAGAUUCAGUUCUAAUGCAGUUUUGUGCGAACAAACUAGACAAGAAGGACUUCUUCGGGAAAUCUGAUCCUUUCCUUGUAUUUCAUCGGAGCAAUGAAGAUGGCAGUUUUACGAUCUGCCACAAAACAGAAGUUGUAAAAAAUACAUUAAAUCCAGUGUGGCAGGCAUUCAAGAUCUCUGUCAGAGCACUGUGCAAUGGAGACUAUGACCGAACAAUUAAAGUAGAAGUAUAUGAUUGGGAUAGAGAUGGAAGCCAUGAUUUCAUCGGAGAAUUCACAACAAGUUAUAGAGAGUUGUCUAGAGGGCAAUCUCAGUUCAAUGUGUAUGAGGUAAUAAAUCCAAAGAAAAAAGGAAAAAAGAAAAAGUAUAUUAAUUCUGGAACAGUAACAUUGCUUUCCUUCCUAAUUGAAACAGAAGUUUCAUUCCUGGACUAUAUUAAAGGCGGAACCCAAAUCAAUUUCACAGUAGCUAUUGAUUUCACAGCAUCAAAUGGUAACCCUUCACAACCUACUUCACUCCACUACAUGAAUCCCUAUCAGCUGAAUGCUUAUGGCAUGGCACUGAAAGCAGUAGGUGAAAUCAUUCAGGACUAUGAUAGCGAUAAAAUGUUCCCAGCUCUAGGUUUUGGAGCUAGACUGCCUCCAGAUGGAAGAGUAUCACAUGAAUUUGCAUUGAAUGGAAAUCCUCAAAAUCCAUACUGCCAUGGAAUUGAUGGUGUGAUGGAGGCAUAUUAUAGGAGUCUAAAAUCUGUACAGCUUUAUGGACCAACGAACUUUGCCCCUGUAAUUAAUCAUGUUGCAAGAUAUGCUUCUUCAGUAAAAGAUGGCUCCCAGUAUUUUGUUCUUCUCAUUAUUACAGAUGGAGUUAUUUCAGAUAUGGCUCAGACAAAAGAAUCCAUAGUGAAUGCUUCAAAGCUUCCAAUGUCAAUAAUCAUAGUGGGGGUAGGACCUGCAGAGUUUGAUGCUAUGGAAGAACUGGAUGGUGACGUAGUCAGGAUUUCUUCAAGGGGAAAAUUUGCAGAAAGAGACAUCGUGCAGUUUGUGCCGUUCCGAGAUUACAUCGACAGAAGUGGAAACCAUGUAUUAAGCAUGGCAAGACUUGCUAAAGAUGUCUUAGCUGAGAUCCCCGAGCAGUUUCUUUCCUACAUGCGAGUCAGAGGAAUAAAGCCAUCACCUGCACCACCACCCUAUACACCCCCUAUUCAUGUAUUACAGACUCAGAUAUGACUGCUGCAAAGUGCUUAGUGUUUAUCACAAGUCAAGAGUUUCUGGCUGCAGUAGUAGCUUGGGAUAGCUUUUUGGAGCUAGAAAAAUUCUCUUCACAUACCAAAUUCUCCAUAUGGUUGCAUGAGCAACUGAAAAGCUAUUAAAUGCUAGGAGAAAAAAAGUUGAUGUUCUGAGUUCUUUUUUCUUUUUGACAAAACCCCUACUUUUUGAUAUAUUUAUUGGAGGGGAAAGCACAAGUCAGGAUUUCAACUAAGAAGAUAUUGUCCUUUCUGAAUACUGUGUGUACAUAUAUGUACAGGAAUGCUAUUCCUCUGUAUCAAUGUUUACAUGUUACUAUUUUUAAAUUUCAGUACUUUUAUAACUAUUCUUAAAAAUAAAAGUUUGGAAUAUUGACUUAUAUGUCUCCUAGCUUGCAGUAGUUAGUCAAGAUCACAAGAGAAGCAAUAUCUCUUUGAAUGUUUGUCCAGACAAAUACAAAUGGAAAGCUAAAGAAAAGGACAAAUAUAUGUUUUUUCCCAUGCCUGAAUUGCUUCAGUCAGUGCUCAGAAAUCCGUUCAUCUCACGGUCUGAGAAUAAGCUCCCAAAAUGUGAAUAUCAAAAUUGUAUACAACUUAGGACUAACUCCAAACUUCAAGGGGGAGGUAUGUUUAUUUUUUCAGAAAUUCUCCAAUUUCUAAGUUAAUUCAAGUUUACAGUUUUUUAAACUAGUUACUGAAGCAAAUUAGAAGAGUUACUUGCUGUAAGUAAUUAAAGAAAUUACCUCAAAUCAAAUCUUUGAGUCUCAUAGUUGACUCACUUAGCUCAUUAAAUCUUAUCAUGUGUUCCUUAAUGCACUGGAACUUUUGCAUCAGAAAAGUCUUUUGGAGUGAUUAUAGCAGAUGUUUUAAAAUGGAUCAUUUUAAACUUACUUUAAAAUUGUAAAUUUUGUCUAGAUUGCCUAUUCAAAGGGAUGCUGGCUCUUAAUAUUUGGGUUUAAUAUUGUCAUGUAAUCGCAUUGCCAUUCAGGGUGCAUGAAUGAUAAUGUUAAUUAACUGGUUUAAAAGUUGCACAGCUGUGUUGCUUUGUGCACAACUUUGUGUACUGGACUACCCAAAAAUUUUAUUAUAUGCCUGUUCAUAUAUAAUUAUAAAAUGAUUUUGCAUGUACAGUUUUUACAAAAUACACAGUUUUGUGAGUUUGUGUCAGAUAUAUUUUAUUUAGAACUAAUGGCCUUAAAUUUCACAAAACUCCUGAAAUGAUUGUGAAUUGCCUUCGAAUACUGUUAAAACUGAACACUUUUUUUUUGUGUGUCACAACUGUAACUGUCUUGUAAUGUACGUUUUUUCUUUGCAUAUAACCUGUUUACUACUUCUGUUUCUUACUACUGUAUGUUGUACUGUACAGUAUAAAACUAAGGUGCGUUUUUUAAGCAUGGGAAGUUUUUUGCCAGAAAACAGAUCUUCAGUAUCAAUGGUAUAUAACUAUGUAAAUGCAGAAUCUUCCAUUUUUAAAUAUAUUUAAAUUCCUUUAUCUCAUGUGGGAAAUUACUUUUUUGUGAUAAUUACUCCAUUAUGACAAAAAAAAUUUUGUAAAAAAAUAAAUCUUGUUUUAUUUUUAUUUCAAAACAUUUUUUACAUAAAUAUGAAUUUUAAUUUUCUCACCAAAAUAUGUAUUUCGUAGUAGAUUGGUGUUGCAUGAAAUUUGAUACCUGGCAACUCAAAUUUUGAGGAAAGUGUCAUAAAGAAUAAGUUUAAAUAUCUGUACUGAAUGGUGGUGGUGUUCUCCUUACAUCUUCUGCAUUUGUUUUUCAUACGCAUAGUUGGCACUUUAGAAAAAAAAAUUAAUAUUGUGUUUCUGUUGCCUCAUUCCUUUAGACAAAUAUUUAUGCUAACAUUUGUUUUAAUCCACAGCAACCUAUGUAUUUAACAGGUUUUCAUUCUGUGGCAAAAUCACCAACUUUUUUUUUUCAGUUUCCACCUCCUACAGCUGUUUGGUUCUUCAUCUUUUAUUAAAGUAAAGAUUAGUCUCAGAACUAAUUCAACAAGUGAUAUCAGAAGAACAGAUAUUUUUUAGAUAGAUAUUAUUUAAUCAAAAGACAGAUACUGUUUUUAAAGACAGCUAUUAUUUAAUCAAAAUUAUUUUUUCUAUCCAACCCAAGUACCCACCUAUUGUAUUCUGCACUGCUGUUUCUUCUAUUUGGCUUUGGAUUGUAAAUCUAACAGAAAUAAUUGAAAGAAAAAUAAGUAAUCAGUGGAUGGAGAUUUUAGUGAGAAAAGGAUUCCAGAUUUCUGACAUUCCCUAGGUGUUUGACAUGUUAGCUGUCUAAUGUAUAUAAGAAUUAUGACGUAGGCUCCCAUGCUAGCCAAAGAUUUGAAGAACAUAUCUGAUAAAUUUAAAUAAACAAUCUUUCAGUCUUCUAGAA